AAGCAAUCACGUGAAUAUUGUAAUGGUGGAGAAGAGAAGAUCUGCUGCCGUUGGUGUUCUUGCCUGAGAGCUGCCUGCGUUCGUAAGGAUUUCCCGUGUCCGUGUGCUGUCCGGAUUUGUUGCCAUCGUUCACCGCCGUUCCGUGGAACAUUAGGAUCUGUUCGGUUGCAUUCCGGGACCAUCUCAACCGCGUACACACAGAGGACCAGUUCCGUGGUUGAACAGUUUGCAUAGAAAAGGGUGUUGCCCCCGAUAGAAUGUCCACAAUGACGGAAUACUGGUUAAUAUCUGCACCGGGCGACAAGACCUGCCAGCAGACCUGGGAAACGAUGAACAAUGUUACCAGCAAGCAGAACAAUCUGUGUGAAAACUUUAAGUUUCACAUUCCGGACCUGAAGGUGGGAACCCUCGAUCAGCUGGUCGGGCUGUCCGACGAUUUGGGCAAGCUGGAUGGCUACGUAGAGCAGACAACGCGCAAGAUUGCCGCCUAUCUAGGCGACGUGCUGGAAGAUCAGCGCGACAAGCUGUAUGAGAACUUGCAGGCCAAUAACAAUGACUUGGCUUUGUACAUCACCCGCUUCCAGUGGGAUUUGGCCAAGUAUCCGACGAAGCAAUCGCUGCGUAACAUUGCGGACAUUAUCUCCAAACAAGUCGGACAAAUCGAUGCUGAUCUGAAGACGAAAUCGGCCGCGUACAACAACCUGAAGGGUAACCUUCAGAAUCUGGAGAAAAAGCAAACUGGCAGUUUGUUGACGCGUAAUUUGGCUGAUCUGGUAAAGAAGGAACACUUCAUUCUGGAUUCGGAAUACUUGACCACGUUGCUCGUCAUUGUUCCGAAGACCAACAUGAGUGACUGGAAUGCGCACUACGAAAAGAUCACGGACAUGAUCGUGCCCCGUUCGUCGCAGACGAUCACACAGGACGCAGACUAUGCACUCUGUACGGUGACGCUAUUCAAGAAGGUCGUGGACGAAUUUAAGCUGCACGCCCGUGAGCGUAAGUUUGUCGUGCGUGAGUUCGUUUACAAUGAGGAAGAGUUGGCCGCGGGCAAGAACGAAAUCACGAAGCUGGUUACGGACAAGAAGAAGCAGUUCGGCCCGCUGGUUAGAUGGUUGAAGGUCAACUUUAGCGAGUGCUUCUGUGCCUGGGUGCACGUUAAGGCACUGCGUGUGUUCGUUGAGUCGGUACUGAGAUACGGACUGCCAGUCAAUUUCCAAGCCAUCCUGAUCCACCCGAACAAGAAGAGCACAAAGCGUCUGCGCGAUGUACUUCAGCAGCUGUACAGUCAUCUCGAUGGCUCGGCGGGCUCUUCCGGUGGUAAUGCGGAUAACGUCGAUAUUCCUGGACUCGGUUUCGGACAAUCCGAAUACUUCCCGUACGUGUACUAUAAGCUUAACAUCGAUAUGGUCGAAACGAAGGUUUAAACACAGCGGGAGUGUAUCUGAGGGUAGACCAUUUGUCCGUUCUUUUUCUUCAUCCUACCUAAUCGUGUUUCCUUUUACCCCAUUUUGCACCUCCUAUGUCGCCGUACAUAGUGUUUUAUGUUUUUUUUUCCUUUUUUUCGUUCUUUGUCUCGUUAUCUUGUAUGAUGUUAUGCAAUUGUUGUUAAGCAAUUUAUCAUAGUCCCUCUGUUACGCACAAACUAUUUGUUUUUAUUUUUUUCUCGUGAGGAACAAAACAACAUCCCUUACUUCUCCUCUGCAAAUCGAUUUCAGGUAUUUGUUCCCUCGUUUGUAUUCGAAAUUGAUCCGUUUAUGUUGAUUAUUUUAUUGAUGAGUUUUAUUGAUUAUUGCUUAAUGGGCAACCGAACGUGAAGCCACAAUGUGUGCGCGUAUCGUUCAUGUAUGUGCCCGUCUUGUUUCGAACUAUUGUAUUAUCCUUUAUUCCCCCGAUUCGGCCGUCGUGUUUAUUAGCUGUAUGUAAACCGAGCAUAGUUAAGCGAGCAUGUUACAAACAAAACGAUCAAAAUGAAUGUAGUAAGAUCGCAUUACGAAAGCGUUCGUAUCAGGUGCUUUGACCGUGUAUUAACAAACGCUCGGUAACCGACUAAACAGGCAAGAAAGAUACAACUAAACAUCCCAAACGUUGGCUGGUUUGGUGUACGGAACGGUAAGGAACACGCACACCCAAACCAACACCUUUUGUUUACCGUUCCCUGUUACGAUAACGUUGAGUGCGAGGUUACAAUCGAAGGCGAAAGCUUCCUCAAGUUCAGCGAUUUGACUAGCAUAUGAUCAAAGUAUUAUCUCGUGUCACAAUCAAUUUGCCAACCGUCAUCGGGCAAAUCAAUAUUAGUAUGGUGCCGUGGUGUUAAAUGCAGAUUAAAUCGUUUCUUUUACGUAUGUCGUUGUUGCACCCAGUUACAUGUCCGUGAAUGUGUACAUACUGUCGCAUUGGAUUGGAGUUCAAGCACUAUCGACCAACGUCCAUUGCGAGUGCAUUGACUAGAUCGUUUCAUUCUCCAUUAGUACCGAUCCUUACAAAAAGUCCACCCCUCUCUCACACAUGGUUGGUGGUGGAAAAGCAGACAGAACAAUAAUCGCAGUUGAUGCGUACCAUAAGGCCAUCCUUGUGAACCGAAAUCCUCCCGUCAUUAGUACUGGCCGAUACGAAUAGGAGUUUGGGAGAUGGUGAGGACUGUGUUGCAAAAAUCUUGUUACUUGAAUGUGCAAAUUCUAUAAACUAUUCCAUAAGUGAAGCCCGUAUGGAGAAGAACCCUUAUUCCAAAUGAGUAUCAUAAUUGAAACCGAGUGUAAAGACGCUUGCAUAGUAGCUAUGGUAAACUAUCUUUACAUGCCAGGGAUAUCGAGGCAGUUGUGCAAAUCUAUGCCGAUUGGAUUACACUGCAAGCAAGAUAGUCUUUUGUUAUCGUAUAUUAUAUUUCGUGUAAAUAAAACGUAGUUCCAGGUGGAAAAAUGUAGACUGUAAAACAAAACGGAACAACCCAACAGUCCAAUGGAAAAGCGCAUAAUAAUGGAACAGUUACAAAAUCAAUAAUAAUGAUGAGUGGCGAUGAUGAUGAUGAUAGGAACAUUCCAAGCGAAACAAACGAAUUAUUUAUCUUUUCAAUGUGUUAAAACAAGGCCGAUUACUAUCGAAGGCAUUGAGAAUGAGCGAAACAUCUUUUCGAAGAUUUCAUAAAUUUACGACUGAAUGCUGUGGAUGGAGCAGGUGAGUAUAUCAAUUUAAACAAGGAAAACCAACUGAUCGUGCUACUCGAUUUACAUAUUGAUUUUAAUAAGACUUGUUGCAUUAAAGCCAUGUCAAUACUAUACAACGGAAAUGAAUUUCGGUUAAAAGAUCACUUUUAACUGAUUUUUGACCGUUCUUGCAGAGAGAGAAGACAUGGUACAACAGACUAAAAACG